CUCCAACUUCCUCCUUUAACUAGUAUCAAAAAUGGUGAAAACACUUCAAAAGGCAACAAAGAGAAUGUCAUCUCCAUCAUCAUCAUCUUCAUCAUCCUCAUCAACAUCAUCAUCAUCCAUAAGGAUGAAGAAGUACAAGGGAGUGAGAAUGAGAAGUUGGGGUUCAUGGGUUUCAGAGAUCAGAGCACCUAACCAAAAGACAAGGAUCUGGCUUGGUUCUUACUCAACCGCUGAAGCCGCGGCUAGAGCCUACGACGCAGCUCUUCUCUGUCUUAAAGGAUCCUCAGCUAAUAAUCUCAACUUCCCAGAGAUCUCAUCUUCUCUCUACAAUAUCCUCAACAAUGGUGAUAACAACAAUGACAUGUCUCCAAAGUCCAUACAGAGAGUAGCUGCUGCUGCUGCUGCUGCCAACACAGAUCCUUCUUCAUCAUCAGUCUCUACUUCAUCUCCAUUGCUUUCAUCUCCAUCUGAAGAUCUCUAUGAUGUUGUCUCUAUGUCACAGUACGACCAACAAGUCUCCUUGUCUGAAUCAUCAUCAUGGUACAAUUGCUUUGAUGGUGAUGAUCAGUUCAUGUUCGUUAAUGGAGUUUCGGCGCCGUAUUUGACAACACCACUUUCUGAUGAUUUCUUUGAGGAAGGAGAUAUCAGAUUAUGGAAUUUCUGCUGAUUAUUUACUUUUAAUCAUACCUUAUUCUUUAUUUCAAUAUAUAUACUUCAGUAAU